UCCCGCUGGCCUGUGGAUGUGACUACUUGCUGUGUGCUGCCUGCAUGAAGAGUCAGACCCAGUCGUUCCGCUGCCCCAAGCACCGCACUGAAACAACAGGCCUGGGGUACAACACGUUCGUUAUUGCUGUCGGCCAGGACGGGUUCGUGGAAGAUGCCGAGACCUUCAAGGAGGUCGUCACCAAUCCCAACAUCUGUGGUGUGAGGUACUGGAAACUGCUGCUACUUCCAGACAUCACAGAUAUUAAAGCCGCAGUUAGAAAAGUAGCAGCAAAGAUCCAGCAGGUUCCAAAAGGCCAGCAGUCAGUCUUCAUCUACUACCACAGCGGCCAUGGAAAAGAGCAGGGCCUCUUCUUCUCAGAGUGGCAGGAAGAAGACAAAUUAUAUGCUGUGUUGUCCAAGGAACUUCGAGACAUCUUAAGUGGAAGUGGUGCCACUAAGUCACUCUUCAUCUUGGAUGCGUGCCAUGCCUCAUCCAUUGAGGUCUACACCAUAAAGGGCGUACAGCAAGAGAAUAACUCGAGCAGUGAGCAAACAAAGAUGGAAGAUGGCGAGGAAGAAUUUCCAGGGGACGACAAGUUUUACUCGGAACCACCAAAGGCCAUGUAUGGUAAUGACAAGAUUCCAGAGGGUUCUAUUCUAUGGGCAUCCAGCAGGCAAAACGAAAAGUCUGUGAAGAAGGAAAAGUACAGCGUGUUCACCAAGUACAUCCUCAGUGGCCUACAGGGAGGCAACUGUGGGCAGGACAACUGCCCGAACUGCCAGUCAUUCCAGCGGCAGGCCAGGGACACAGGGGCAGUCAGCCUGGACCUCCUUCACGACUACGUGUGUGACCACAUGAUGCACGAUCAGACGUCACUGCAGAGCCAGACACCUUCAUUAGUGGGUCAGAAGGGGAAAAGAUACUGGAUAGCGUACACACAAGACCAAGCCGGGGGGACGCACGUUGAGGAGGUUGAUGCAGCUGGUGCAGGCCCUGAUCGAUGAUGCACCUUAAGCCGCUCCUGGACCACCUGCAGACAGAGGUCCUCAGCAUGGCGGAGUGUGACAUCAUCAUGUCCAAGGUGUCUUAACACUCCACAAUUGCACACUGCCGGCAAUGGGACCAAAGGGAGAUGAUGCACGUCAGGUGUUUAAGGCUCAGGAAACAAUGUUGUGAACUUGAUAUAGAGUUUUUGCUUCAAAGCUGAUUGCAUACUGCAAAGCUUAUUCUGCUGCAAUUUAGUUAAGUGCAAUACUUCAUUUACCCAUUUCGAAGUCAUUGAAGGGAAUAGAGUGGAUACAUGUACAUAUAUUCAAGGACAGUUUUAAAGCCAAGGCAGGAAAUGUUUGAAACAAAGCUACCCAUUUGUAGAUACAGACAUGGCCUUACCUUUAUGGUGCAUGAUUUUAUGUUUGAUGUGAUAUAAUGUUUUAUCGCUAUAUUUCUCGUUUAUAGUCUCUGAAUUUGAAGAUUUUUAGGCAUCUUGCUUUAUUUGUCCACAUAGUUUUUUUUGCCUUCGCACAUUAGAUUUUGGAGUCUGCAGAGGAU